UUUACUCAUUAAUUAUCUCCUCGGUUUCUCUUCCGUGAUGGCAGUUGUCCACAACCGGACCUCCCCUGGGUCACGCCGCCCCUGCCGCCUACACCCACUGCCGCGCCGCACGCCGCUGGAUCUCCACCCCCACCCUCCCCGCUCCACUGGAUCCCCGCACGCCGCACCACCCCCCGGCCAUGGGCACUGGCUACCCGGCUCCCCCGGAUCCCCGCACCACCCGGCCAUGGCGAUGGCUGCUCCCCUCGCCGGGAAUCCCCGCUCCUCCGGCCAUGAAGGGCUCCUCUAGCUCCGGCCGUGCGCUCCAGCACCGACAGCCACUCUCGUACUCAUGUAGUUCAACUGCGACCCCGCCAUCGGAUGGGCGGCCAUGGCAUGCCGACAUGCCGUCCCGGCGCAAGUCCUUUUCUCUGUCUGCUUCCGCAUUUUUGGUUGGUGAAGCAUGCCAUCGUUCUUCGUUUCAAUCCAAAUCAGACAUGGGUUGGUCUCGCGUGCGAGCACGGCAACCCCUGAGCAACAUUUCGAUGAUCGCACUUCCUAGGAACCAGGAGCCCCACGACCGCUUCCCUUUCUUCAGCUCGCUGCCGAGCGUCUCCAGCCAAGACGUGACGUCGAGAGAUGGCCAUGGCCGCCCGAUGCCGGAGCGCCGUCGGCCAAGGACCCGCCGGCAUCCAGACCCCCUCCACGCCAUCUCCAUCUCGCCGGAGACCUGCACCAAGUCCCAUCUAGCGCCUUCGCCACCCUUCGGCUCCCGCCCCGUAGCUCCGCAGCCCGAACGCUUCAACCGACUUGUGCCUGAAGCAGAGGAGAGGAGCUCCCUGCCACGAGCCUCUCCGGCGCUGGCUAACCAGCAGGCUGACCCGCCUCCUUCUUCCUUUUUUUCCGCCGCGAUGCACCACCCCUUCGCUGUCUCCUACGGCGUGGACGCCGACGGCAAGCGGCGGCCCGUACCCGGCGGUGGAGAAUGCGGUGAAGCAGUUUAAUUAAGGAUCGCGGGUAGGAUUGUAACUAAUGCAGGGUUGUUUUUGUAAAAACAAAGCGUUUUCUGAUAUACCCACUGAAAAUAGGAUGGCGGGUUGAAUUCUAAUAAAUGAAGGGACUUUUCUGCAAAAA